UGACUCUGUAACUCCGAUUCUAUUAACAAGAUGAAUUCAUAGUGCCCCGGGACCCUGAACGGGAUAGGUGGUCAAGAUAAUGGAUGGAUGGAUGGAAUUCACAGUGUGUCACAUCACACCAAAGACACUCUACACAGCCUUGUCAUAUAUCCACCUUUGAGCAAGUACUUUGCAACAGUGGCAAGGAAAAUUUUCCUUCAACAGGCAGAGCUAGACUCAGUGGUAGGCCAUCUGCCUGGAUUAGAUGUCCUGAAAAAAUGGGAUAGAGAAACAGAAGAAGAUGGACUGAGAGAAACAGACAAGGAGAUUUUCACAUUAUGCUACUUCUUCCUCUGAAACAUCCAACACAGUCACACAGCUGGGCGGUGUCUAUUGAUAACGUUCUGUACUUUGACCUGUUCUGCUGCUGGUGGUUGUUUCAUGUUUUUCACUCAGUCAGCUGGGAAUACUCCUAACUAUCCUGCAGCUGCAGCACACUGACUUGUUUCUUCAUCUGGAUUAACUUUGGGAACAGACAUGCUAACAUCUGUGCAGGUCGAGCCAGUCAUGGAGAAAAGCUAUGAAGGAGUUGGUCGCUGCAAGUGCUCAUUCUGGUUUGCAGUGGCCCACGACAUACUCGGCAUCCUUAUCAUGAUGGUGGGGGUGUUUGGAGGGCUGGUGAUCCAUGACUUGUUCAUCUACGCGGGGGCGAUCAUCAUCUUCCUCAGCCUGAUCUGGUGGGUGUUCUGGUACUCGGGGAACAUCGACGUGCCGCCCGAGGAGCUGGAGGACGACGUGGGAAUGAUCAAGUUAAGGAACAAGGGACUCAGCCAGGCAAUGAGGCGCAUGUCCGGUCACCUCUCCAGCAGGAUCAGGAACUCUUUCCGGAGAAAUGACAGAUCCUUCAGGGAGGACAGUAACAGACCAGGUGCAGAGGUUUCCCUCUCCACUAUAUACGACAGCACCUUCGCCUCUACACCUAAAGAAACCUACAGAGAGACACUGUCAAUUUGAGCUCACACAACGCAGACGGCAUGUUACACCAAAAGACACGGAACUUUGAUCGUUAUAUUUCUUUCCUUUACUAGUAAAUUUAUUCAGCUGAAGUGGAUUAUGUCAGCUUUGCUAACAUGCUCUAGCAAUGAUUAGACAUCACAAAGACCUUUUUGAGAUAAGAUCAACAAGAUCUUAUCUUCAUGAUAUUAUGUCAACUUUGCUCACAAUAACUCAGUGUAGUGCAUGUCUAAACCACAGCAUCAACAUCAUUCAGGACUUUAUCAGUCAUGUCUGGUUGAGUCACAGAAACUGCAGAGUGACUGUAGAGAGCAUUAAAGGUUAAAUUAGAGAAUCAUUAUGAAGAAGAAUUUCAUUUGGAUCGUCUGUGGCAGGAUAAUUUACUGCUGCCUGAAGUUUAAUUUGUAUUAUUUAUUUUUAGUAAUUGGUUAAUUUAAACUUAAUACUGUUUUAACCAUCCAACUAAUAUGCACCUGAACAUGAAAUUAAAGUUUAUGAAGUGGUAGUAUGUUUCAGUAUAUACACUAUGUGUAUGUAGAAACUAGAUCUG